AUGGGUAUUCCGUUUCCAGAUAUAGAUCCUUAUGAAGUGUUGGGUGUUGAUAAAGAUGCAUCCCCAAUACUAAUAAAAAAAACUUACAAGAAACUAUGUUUGAAGCAUCACCCUGAUAAGAUCAAACAAUUAAACCAAGAUGGUGGCUCGGAGGCAGUUUCUGAAGAGGAACUAUUCACCAAAAUUCAAUUUUCAUACAGCAUAUUGAGUGACCCAGUAAAGCGGAACCGAUACGAUACUUUGGGUUCGUUGUCAGAGUUUAGUGAAGAUUACGAUGACGAGGGGUUUGACUGGAAGGAGUAUUUCCAAUCGAUGAAUGAGAGAAUUACUAUUGACAUGAUAGAAGAGGACAGGGUCAAGUACCAAAACUCGGAAGAGGAGAAAGAAGACAUUAUCUCGAAUUUCAUCUAUUACGAAGGCGAUUUCCUAAAGUUGUUUGAAGUGAUUCCUCAUUUGAACUUUACUGAAUCCGAGGAAGAGCGUGUAUAUAAAAUCAUUGAGCAAGAACUCCCCCAUUUGAAAGUGGAAAAGUCUGUGACAAAGUCUUGGGAAAAGUAUACGAAGAGCAGGAAAACUAAAGUGAAAAACAUGUUGAAGAAAUUGGCCAAAGAAGCUAAAGAGGCAGAGGAGUUAGAGAAGCAGUUGAAAAAAAAGAAUGAGAAAUCACAGGAUUUGGCAAGUUUGAUCAAAAGCCGUCAAAAUAACCGAUUGGAUGGGUUGAUUUCCAACCUAGAGGCGAAAUACGGCAAAAAGCGAGGCAAGAAGAGAUCCUCAAAAGACAUUGAUGAUGACGAAUUUGAGCGAAUUCAAGCAGAAAUGUUGAAAAAGAGUAAGUAG